CCUUGUCCUAUACGGAAGGUUCUGGCUUCCGCCCCUUUCCCGGCUUCACGCAGUGACCAGUGCGCUCCGAGCUCCGGCGAGGCGGAGUCACGCGCGCGCACGCGCAGUGCGGAACAGCGCGCACUUUCCCGGCCCGGUAUCCCGGCGAGGCGGGCGCGGAGGGAGCCGCCCCGCGCAGGCCCGCACAAAGCCCCGGCGGACUCCACGCGUCGCCAGGGCAACGCGGGCGUGUCUCAGCCCCGAUUGGCGCAGCAGCCGCGCGCGGGGCCUGCUGGGAAAGCCCGUCCCAGCCGCGACUCGGCCCGUUUGAACUUGGCGGGCCCGAUGUGGGUGCCGGGGCUGCGAGAGGUGGCUUAUUCCCCUCCCAAUGCCUGGUGCGGCGCCGACUCCAGGUCCGGGUCUCGGCCCUCUUCGGGCUCCUUCUCUGCUGUCAUGACCGGCGCCCCGAGCCAGGCGCCCGAGGUGGCGGCGAGGUCUCUGUGGUCGCCGUCGCCGUCGCUCAGCUGCAGCGAAUCCACCCUGUCGCUCUUGUCCCCCCUCGGCACCCAGAGCUUCCCGUUGGACGAGGACGGCGACGGGGAGGAUGAGGCGGAUGUGGACGAAGAUGCCCGAGCCGCGGGGGCCCAAGGGGCGAGCCGGAAAGGAAUGGAGUCGCGGGGGUGCGCCAGUGGGGUGGCGUCAGAAGAUACCCAAGGACAGAAACAGGUGCACUUACCAGAAAGCAGCCUGACACCGUGGGAGUUGUGGUUUGUUGGCAAAGAAAAAGAAGAACGUGACCGGCUGCAACAGAAAGCUCUAGAGGAAUUCAAUCAACAACUAGAAAAAAGAAAAGAAAUGGAAGAACGUGAAAAAAGAAAGCUAAUUGCUGAAGAAAAGCACAAGGAGUGGGUUCAGAGGAAGAACGAACAGCAAAGAAAAGAAAGAGAACAAAAAAUUAAUAAAGAAAUGGAAGAAAAAGCAGCAAAAGAACUGGAGAAAGAACAUUUGCAAGAAAAAGCAAAAGAAAAAUAUCAAGAAUGGUUAAAGAAAAAAAAUGCUGAAGAAUGUGAGAAGAAAAAGAAAGAAAAGGAAAAAGAAAAGCAACGGCAAGCUGAAUUACAGGAGAAAAAGGAAAUAGCAGAAAAAAAGUUUAAGGAAUGGUUGGAAACUGCGAAAACGAAACCUCGGCCGGCUGCAAAGAGCUAUGGAUACGCCAAUGGAAAACUGACAGGUUUUUACAGUGGAAAUUCCUAUCCAGAACCAGCCUUUUAUAAUCCCAUUCCAUGGAAACCGAUUCAUAUGCCCCCUCCCAAAGAAGCCAAGGACCUCUCAGGAAAGAAGAGCAGAAGACCUGUGAUAAGUCAGCCUCCCAGGCCACCAUCCCUGGUCGUUUGUAAAGCCAGAAGCAACCUCUGCCUUGGGACUCUGUGCAAAAUACCAAGAUAGCGUACCUGGGAAAUGGCAUGUUUUACCUGGAGCUACUUAAUUUUAAAACCAGAAAUCAUUUUUUACUGCUCAGUGAAUAACUCUCCAUUUGAUGUGAUUAUUGAUAAGUUCCAAUUUCUGAAUUUAUAUAUGGAGUUUUAGAGUUAAAUUGAGCAAGAUAUUUUUUACAUUGGGAUUUUAUAAACCUUUUAAGGUUGAUCUUGGUAAAUCAUUUUGAAGGAUAAGUGACUGAAUAGUUAACAAUUGUGUUUGCAUUUAACUUGUAUUAAAACUGUACUGUAAUGCCAAUAAAUCUAACAAUUUUUCUUGUGUUCUUUAA